GUGUGAAGGGGGGGCUCCGGGGGGCGGGUCCCAGUGCCGCUGACGUCCCAAGCAGUGCUGGGAAGUAUAGGCUGUGUUGUCACGCCGGUGUCAGUCUGAUGAAGAUUGGCAUCAGGUGAAAUCUGGAGCAGGAUUCUGAGGCUCUCUGUCCUUUAUGCUGCUCACCAGAAAAGGGACUGUGAACUGUGCUUGGGCUCUGGCUGAGAGAAAGAUUUUCUGGCCCAAUUGGGAGUGAGAAUAGGGGAGGGAGUCUCCUGAGGACCAUCCCAGAGGCCGCCAGGAUCACCCAAACAAUCCUCCAUGUGAAUCAAUCCCAUGAUGCAACAUGCCUCCCCAGCCCCAGCUCUGACGAUGAUGGCCACGCAGAAUGUCCCUCCCCCACCCUACCAGGACAGCCCGCAGAUGACGGCAACUGCCCAGCCACCCUCCAAGGCCCAGGCUGUCCACAUCUCAGCACCCUCUGCUGCCGCCAGUACACCUGUUCCCAGUGCCCCAAUCGACCCCCAGGCACAACUGGAGGCUGACAAGCGAGCUGUAUACAGGCACCCUCUUUUCCCGCUCCUGACGCUGCUGUUUGAGAAAUGUGAACAGGCCACCCAGGGCUCUGAGUGCAUCACAUCCGCCAGCUUUGAUGUAGACAUCGAGAACUUUGUCCACCAGCAGGAGCAGGAGCACAAACCCUUCUUCAGCGAUGACCCAGAACUGGACAAUCUGAUGGUGAAGGCAAUCCAGGUGCUGAGAAUCCACCUGCUGGAGUUGGAGAAAGUGAAUGAACUCUGCAAGGACUUUUGUAACCGUUACAUCACCUGCCUCAAAACCAAGAUGCACAGCGAUAACCUGCUCAGGAAUGACCUCGGGGGGCCCUAUUCUCCCAACCAGCCCUCCAUAAACCUGCACUCACAGGACCUCCUGCAGAAUUCUCCCAAUUCCAUGUCUGGAGUCUCCAAUAACCCCCAGGGGAUUGUGGUCCCAGCCUCAGCGCUCCAGCAAGGCAACAUCGCCAUGACAACUGUCAACUCACAAGUUGUGUCAGGUGGAGCCUUAUACCAGCCGGUUACCAUGGUAACCUCCCAGGGUCAGGUGGUCACCCAAGCAAUCCCCCAGGGAGCCAUCCAGAUCCAGAACACACAGGUUAACCUUGACCUCACCUCCCUCCUGGACAAUGAGGAUAAGAAGUCCAAGAACAAACGAGGAGUCUUGCCCAAGCAUGCCACCAAUAUAAUGCGUUCUUGGCUCUUCCAACAUCUCAUGCACCCCUACCCCACGGAGGAUGAGAAGAGGCAGAUUGCAGCCCAGACAAACCUCACCCUCCUGCAAGUAAAUAACUGGUUCAUCAAUGCCCGGAGACGUAUCCUGCAGCCCAUGCUUGAUGCCAGCAACCCAGAUCCUGCCCCAAAAGCCAAGAAGAUCAAGUCGCAGCACCGACCCACCCAAAGAUUCUGGCCCAACUCCAUUGCUGCAGGGGUGCUGCAGCAGCAGGGUGGUGCCCCAGGAACAAACCCCGAUGGUUCUAUCAACUUGGACAACCUACAGUCCCUGUCCUCAGACAAUGCCACCAUGGCCAUGCAGCAGGCUAUGAUGGCUGCACAUGAUGACUCAUUGGAUGGGACGGAAGAAGAGGAUGAGGAUGAGAUGGAGGAAGAAGAGGAAGAAGAGCUGGAGGAGGAGGCAGAUGAGCUGCAGACAACGAAUGUCAGCGACCUGGGCUUGGAACACAGUGACUCCCUGGAGUAGUCAGGAAGCCCAGAUGGCACUGAUCACCGAGCAGGAGAAGAGUGUCGUCAGGAGGGCUUCAGGGUGGGAGGGAGGGGGAUAUGGGCAGGCAGCACUGGAGGAAGUUGGGCCCUAGCCUCCCAUAAUCAGCAGCUUGAGGAAAUGCAGAGGAGAUACCCUGCUCUUUCCCAACUACCAAGCUUCAAUGAGUACCCCAGCCCUACUUCCCUAGAACUGCUGAGGACUCCAUUUGGCAGGGCCAGUCAAGCAGCCUGUAUGGAAAGACAGGAGUGAGAUCUGGACUCACCCAAUCCCUGAGGACAGAGGGCACCCCCACUGAAGGACUUGAGUUGUUUACAAGCCCUGCACUGUGAGGUGGAUUGGUGCUGUUUGCAGAGUGAGCUCUUGCUAAGGGCAGAGCUUAAAAGAAAGGAGGAGACAAAGGGGACCUAGGUCCCACCCCCAGAAGAUUUUUAGCUCCUUGGAGAGACAUUCAAGGGCAGGAGGGAGCCCCAAAGCAAAAUCAAUGGCUGGAGGAGGGGGAUGGCUUGAAGGCAUCACCUCUUACAGAUCAGAGUGGGACCUGGAUUCCACAGGCUCCAGCUGAUUCCUCCAAGGCCUCUCUUUUGGGGUACAGGCAACCAUGGACUUGGAAGAGAGGGAUGAGAACCAACAGGGCCUCCUGCUCUCUCUCCUGGAAACCAGGUGUAAGCUAGUGAGUUCAGGCUGUAGGAGGCUAAGAGGAAUCCCUUUACUUGGGUUGGUUCCAGGACCCGAGGAGAUGGCAAAACUUGGGUUGGGAGCCAUAUCAAAGUGACCCUAGGCAGUCACAGAAUUCACCUCCUAUAACAACAGGACAAUGAUGUCUUACCCCUGGUGUCCCAGCCCUCAGACAGAGCUCCUCAGCUGCUCCACCCCUCCAAUGAUCUUCAGAGAGGGUGAUGCCAGGUUGGCUUGACAUCUUUCUACCCCUAAGGUCUGCCAUGGCUGUCUCUCUGCUCCCAGGCUGAUUCCAUCAGCCUGCAGCCUCGCUUCUUCAUUCUAUCCUUCAGAGAAGGCAGAAAAAACAUUGGAAAGAAGUAUCCAGCCCAAUGGGAAGCCAGGGGUUGGAGAAGGUGCUACAUCCCUCUUCCAGUCAUAUCCCAUGUGUUGGGGAGGGCCCAGAGAAAUGGCACCAAGAGCCUGUGGUGGUGCCACCAGCCUACCCUGCCUUGCUAUUCUAUAUCACCAUUGUUCACAUGACCAGAGGAACUGGGGCUCCCAUGAGAAGGAGGCUUUCCAUCCAUCUGCCCUAACACAUGUCCCCCCUAAUUUCUAGCCCCAUGGUUGGCACUUCCUUCCCUUCACCCGCUCAUCCCCCCAGCCCCUUUCACCCCUAUGGCUGUGAAUGACAGGACUGAUCACAUGUGUUUUCCAUUGGAUUUAAUUUAAUAGACUUGCCAUUUCAUUUGUAAAUUGUGCAUUGGCCACCUCCUUCAGUGGUGGGAUAUGUGUAGCUACCUAGCGCAGCUUGAGGGGACCCUCAGGGCCCUCUGGGGCUUCCCCUCACUCACCAGGUUGUAUGGAGAAAAAGGAUGGUGGCUCUCCUGAGGUUUCCCUGAAAUGAAUGUAUUUCUCCCCAAAAGAGCUGAUAUUUAAUGUUUUAAUAGGGAUUUUUGAGAAACAAAUAACCUUAUUUAUAAUCUGGGUGAUCCAAUCAUUUUUUACUCCCUUUUGAUGCCAUAGGUAGAAGAAAGUCUGGCUUUUUUGGCGUGAGACUUUUGCAAUGUGCAGUGGGAUAAAACACAUUUCCUCUUCUAGUUAAUUUUUCUUGUUUAAACACACACACACAAGCCCUCCCACUUACCACUUUGGACAGGCAUCCCUCCCAACACAGGCUCACCUGUACACCCACAUAUCCUCCUCCCAGCCCCUCCACCUUCCUAAUGUUAUGCAACCUCCUUCUGAUGUAUCCACCAAACCAGUACUGAAUGUGGCUGAGAAGUUUUCAGUAAAUCUUAUUACCUACC